UUGUGGAGAGACGAGGAUUUUACCCAUCCAGUGAUGACAAGGUGCGUCUUGCCAAGAAUGUUGUCACCACGUUUCCAAAAUUGAGUGUCAAAAUCCAGGAACACAAUGAAGGAUAUGAACACUACUAUGAUCCAGCCUCUCACAGCGGUUUCAUUGAAAUGAAACUUCGAAACCUGAGAAGGGACAUGGAGGAAAGCCAGAAAAGAUAUCGCCGGAAGAACAAAACCUGUGGCACUGUAACUCUGACUUUGACCUCGUCUAUGGCAAACACAGACGAGGAUGUGAGUGAGUGGGUAACCCUGGCAAAGAGAAUGAAGCCCUCACCUGAAAACCUCUCAACAAUAAAGCGUGCUAUGGACCGGACCUACACUCACAGAAGAAUAUGGAUCACAACACAAUCUCCAUCAUUGGCUGAGAUAUUUAAUCAGUAUCCACGAUUCGUUGACAUUACACACCUGUUGGAUUUAGACUUCGAUAAACAGUUCGAGGGGAAGGCUGAUCUUUUCCUUCGCAAAUGGGAGACAAAUAUCAUCCCUAAGCUGAUGAAGGUUGCUGCAUUGGAGAUGUCUGAGGAUCUGGAAAAUCCUUCAACCACCGGGAACAACAGUGAUGACAUGCUUUGCUUCAAAGCACUUCAGGUGCUCACGCACCUUCUUCCACCAACGGCAUCAGGACGAGGGGCUGGAUGGAGUCGCUGCAGUGUUAAAUCAGCCAUUUCCUACCUCAUGGACUUUGUGCAACCUGGAACGAGCAUUUCAUCAUUGCUUGAUAAUCCUGAUCCAUCGAGGGGCCACCAGCCAAGCAUCGUGUGCAUUGGACACCCAAGUGGAGCUGCCCAGCAGUAUCUGAUCGUCGCCAAAAGUGACAAGAUUGCUGUGCCACUUGGAGAUGAAGGGCUGACCUGCGCAAUUGACAAGCUCUUCAAGAUGUAUUGGGUUUGCAAUCUUAAGUACCCUGUCCAACUGCAGUCUGUCUUCUCCUUCCUGGAGCAUAUUUAUGAAUUACCAAUUUCUGUAAACAAAAGAUCUAAAGUUAUUGAGCUUAUCUCCAAGCUCCAGGCUAUAUCAUAAAUAAGCCAUGUAUGUGUGCCCAAGGUGCAAGCGCGUCAUUGGAGGAGAAGCCAGGAAGCUUAUCCGGCAUCUUAGAACCUUUCAUGCUUUAUCAGAUUCCCAAGACUUUCAAAUUGUAUGUUGCCAGAACAACUGCCAAAGAACAUAUCACAAUCUAAACUCCUAUAGAAAACACCUUAAGAAAGACCAUUCAAAAGUUAUAUCAAAUGAACAAAUUGAUUAUGUCCCAGGACACUUGGAAUGUUGUAAUAUGUUGAAUGAUGAUGAAAUUGAUAAUGAACCAAUUCCAGAAGAAGCCACAGUAGAUCUCAGAACAGCGGAUUCAGCAACUCUUAAUGAUUGCGCAUCUGCAUUUGUAGCCCAAAUGUAUUCCUCACCUAACACAACUCUCACUGAUGUGCAGAGGAGUGUUACAUGUGCCAAAGAAGUCCUAGACCGAACUAUAGACAUUGUUGAAGAGAAAAUGCUCUCCUUUAUAGAUGCCCAUUCUUUACCUCAUGAUGACGAUGCUUUUAAAACUUUGAUGCAAGAAUUGGAAAAUGGGAGGAAAAUGUUUGAAGAUGUUGACACUCCCUAUAAAAUGACCAAAUACUUCUCUGAUAAAAAGUGUCUUGUGAAACCAACAGACAUAUUCUUAGGGCAUAGGGCAGAUACUGCCAGAAAUGGACAAAUGACACAGGUGCUGAUGUCAGACACAUGUCAGUACAUUCCUAUUAUUGACACCAUCAGAUUUCUUUUUGGCAAAAUGCACAAAAUGGGAGCUGUGUAUUUUUCCUUGAGGAACUUGCCUGCAGAGUACAACUCAUCUCUGGCAAACAUUCAUUUGUGUCUCCUUUUUAACUCUAUAGACAAAGAAACCUAUGUGUAACUGCCUCUGUGUCAGUCAGCGCGGUAUUUCUGAGUUAUUUAUUUUGGUAGGAACCAAAGUUCUCUAAGGCGGAACCUUUGUUUUUGUAUCGCCCGUUUCCGUCAGGACAUACUUUAGCGUAACACUCAUCAAAAAAAGUCCGCUGAUUUAGUACAUGUUUUUCAGUGCUGAUGCAUCUGCAAAAUAGCUCUUAGCAUCAAGAUAAACAAUCCUACAGAGUAAUGCCAA